AUGAGGUUGAAUUUCCUUUUGUAUUCCAGGCGGAUACUUCACAGAGAUUUGAAAGCCAAGAAUAUAUUUUUGAAAAAUAAUCUGCUCAAAAUUGGAGACUUUGGAGUUUCUUGUCUUUUGAUGGGUUCAUGUGAUCUGGCAACUACAUUUACUGGGACACCAUACUACAUGAGUCCAGAAGCACUGAAGCACCAGGGAUAUAACACAAAAUCUGACAUUUGGUCUCUGGGAUGCAUUUUAUAUGAGAUGUGCUGUAUGAACCAUGCGUUUACUGGACACAAUUUUUUAUCUGUUGUGUUAAAAAUUGUAGAAGGUGAUACACCUUCUCUUCCUGAUAGAUAUCCAAGCAAACUGAAUGCUGUGCUGUGCAGCAUGUUAAAUAAGAAUCCUUCAUUGAGACCAGCAGCAGCAGAGAUUCUAGAACUCCCAUAUAUUGAUGAACAACUAAAGAAUAUACAGUACAAGUUCGCAAACACGACUGUGAAAGACAAGGCGCUUAAUUGGCAGAAAGAAGCUGCUCCCAUUUUUGAUGCUGUGCAGAGGAAAGUUCAUCUACAAACUCUACAGGAAUUGUCUGAAGUACAGAAAAUGACACCACGGGAACGGAUGAGGCUGAGGAAGUUAAAUGCUGCAGAUGAGAAAGCAAAGAAGUUGAAGCAGCUGGCAGAAGAAAAAUAUCAAGAAAAUGUCAAAAGAAUGCAAGAAUUCAGGUCCCGUAAUUUUCAGCAGCUGAAUGUCAAUGUCCUACAUGAAUCUGAUGAGCAGACUUCAAACCCCCUGAUUCAUUCUCAGCCAGUCAUUACAUGCAACCGUGUGUCCACAGGACAUGAUGAACCAAGUGGAAAUCAGACAUCAAGUCAGCUCUGCGUGUCUGAGCUUCCAGACCAUG